AAGAGCCUGGUGUACCAGAGAGAGCACUGGACUUGGAACCAGAAGACCUGGGUUUGGGGUGGUGGCUGGUAGGCAGCUGGCUGAAUGACCUGAGGCUGCUGCUACGCCUGGGCACACUGAUUUUAACCUGGGCUCUUUCCUGGAAUUGUGGACAUUUUUGGAGUUGGAGGUGGCCUUCUGGAAUAUCGAGCUAGUCUGCUGGCUGGGAAGGGUUUUGCUGUGAUGGCUCUGGCUUAUUGUAACUAUGAAGACCUCCCCAUGGGCAUGGAAAACCUACAUCUGGAGUACUUUGAAGAAGCUGUGAACUACCUGCUUAAUCACCCUCAGGUAAAGAGUCCAGGAGUCAGGCUGCUUGGGACUUCCAAGGGGGGUGAACUCUGCCUCUCCAUGGCCUCGUUCCUGAAGGGCAUCACCGCGCCUGUCAUAAUCAAUGGUUCUGUGGCCAAUACCCUGGGAAACUUACACUACAAAGGUGAGACCUUGCCUCCCUUGGGUUUCAACCCAAAGCGAAUCAAGGUGACCAAAGAUGGCUUUGCAGACAUUUUGGAGGUCCUGAACAGCCCUUUGGAAGGACCUAACCAGAAGAGCCUCAUUCCUCUGGAAAGAGCUGAGAGCGCCUUCCUGUUCCUGGUAGGUCAGGAUGACCACAACUGGAAGAGUGAAUUCUUUGCUAAUGAGGCCUCUAAACGCUUACAGGCCCAUGGUAAGGAGAAGCCCCAGAUCAUCUGUUACCCAGGAGCGGGGCAAUAUAUUGAGCCUCCUUACUUCCCCAUGUGCCCUGCUUCCCUACACACCUUGGUGGGUGGUCCUGUCAUCUGGGGAGGGGAGCCCAGGGCUCAUGCCACAGCCCAGAUGGAUGCUUGGCAGCAGCUCCAGACUUUCUUCCACAAACACUUGGGUAGGGAAAAGAGGACAAUCUCAGCAAAACUGUAAGCUUUUAUCUGAUUGUGUGGCAUCUUUGAUGCUAAUCUAUCUUGGGAACAGCUGCCACAAUUAGUGUGUCUGUGUAGAUUUUUUUCUUUUCAAUAAUUACAUAGAGUUUUUCACCCCUUCACUGUUAAACUGGACUUACUAAUAAGUUUUCAAGAUAUUUAUAAAUUAUUUACUUUUUCAGUUGUUUGAGGGGACAGUGAUUCUACAGAAAACACAACGGUGGAGGAAAGCAUACCUUUUAGUAUCUAACAACACACAACCGAUAAUGCUGUACCUCUGAAAGGAAAAAACUAAUACCUGAUAACCAUGCCUGGUACUCAACUGGCGCACAGUAAUUAUUUGUUGAAUUAUUUAUUAUUAUAAUUUAAUUUGUUUAAUACUUAAUUUAUUAAUGAAUAAAUGACUACUGUGGAAGAAAAGCAUUUAAAAUAUCAAAAUACUAUUCAGCUUUGAGUUUUUCCUUUAAGAAUGGAUGUGUUACAUUAAUUACUAAUCUAGUUAGAUUACUACUUAGUUGUAAAGUUACUAACAGUUACUAAAUUAGAUUUCUACUUAGAUGUAAAACUACUAAAUAUUUUCAAAGCAAAUGCAUUUUUAGUUCUUUGAUAGCUACUCCUUGAAUGAGUAAGGAUUCUCCUAGUGCAGAUAAACUAAGCUAUGUUCCUAUUGACACAUAUGUACCUUUAUGAUUUAUUUGCUUUGAAAGCUGGUAAAACAUUAUUUUGGUGAGUUUCAUAAGUGAUUUUAAUAAUGAUUAGCUUGCAAAUAAAUGAUGACUUAGUAUUCCCAACACUUGAUAGAAAUAAUUCCACAAUAAACUUACUUAUCUUUUCUAAAGUUUAAUGUGUUCAAAAUUUUAAAAAUACAUUAAUUUAUGAUUA